GUAAAACUACGUUGUUAACGCUGUAAAUUUUAUGAAAAAUAAAUUAAUAUAAAAAGUUAUGUGAUUAGUAAUCACCUAAUUGUGAAUGUUUUUGUUCUGCCGGUGAUUUGUUGGUAAAAACUAUUUUGAUCUUUGGCACGUUGACAACAAACGUGACAAGUAAUUCUAGUUUAGUAACACGAAAUAUGGGAGCUGUAUUAAUAAUUUUCUUGGUGAUUUGUUCCAAUAGUUACAGCUAUGCAUCGAAAGACAAUAUUAAUAACAAAGAAGAGCUAAUAGCAGUAGUUGUGAUUUAUAGGCAUGGAGAUCGAGCACCUCUCACAUCAUUUCCAAAUGAUCACUAUUACAAUUUGACUUAUUGGCCAAUGGGUUUUGGAGAGUUGACAAAGCAAGGAAUUCAACGCCAAUAUAAGCUAGGUCAAUGGUUUCGCCAGAGAUAUAACAACUUUUUGCAAAAAAUAUAUAGUCCGCGAGAAAUUAUCGUAGAGUCUACAGAAAAAGAUAGAGCGUUAAUGUCAGCUUCAGCAACAUUAGCUGGAUUGUACCCGCCAAUAGACUUCCAACUAUGGAAUACUCAACUUAAGUGGCAACCAAUUCCAAUUCAUAUCGGAUACGAAACAAAAAUAAUGGACUUACCUUGUGCUAAAUAUGACAAAUUGAAUAAAGAAAUUAUAGAACUUAUUGAUAAAGAUAUGAAAAAAAAAUAUUCUAAUAUAUAUAGGUAUAUUGAAGAUAAUUCUGGAUGGACUAAUAUGUCUGUCAAAACUGUGUCUACUUUAAGAAGUGUCAUGUAUGCUUAUAAGAACUACAAUUUAUCAUUUAUUCCUGAAUGGGUGUUGAAAAUUAACCAUUCAGCUCUUGACGAAAUUGCAGGAAUAAAAUAUUCGAUUGCAACAGCAACACCGACGACUGCGAGGUUGAAAGUUGGAACAUUUUAUGAUCAUAUUUUCAAUUAUUUAGACAAAUUUACUAACCCAACGUUAGCGAAAACAACGCCAAAAUUCUUAAUGAUGGCAUCCCAUGAUACUACCAUCGCUUCUAUAUUGAAUGGUAUGGAGCUUUAUGAAAAGCGACCUGUUGGAUUUGGGGAUACAUUUAUUAUGGAACUUAAAAAGAAGAGAGAAGUUUUCUUUUUAAAUUUGUUUUAUAAAUCGGAAUAUGAUCUAGAAAAACUGAUUUUCAGAGAUUGUGAGUUUAACUGCCUGUAUAGUACGUUGAAAAUUAAAUUGAAAGAUGUCACUAUAGACAAAAACGCAAGAGAAAAAGAAUGUUGUUUGUGAGUUAAUUAGUUUUGUUAUUUUCAUCCCCUCAUUAUAGUUGUAGUAUUAAUAAUAAUGAAAAAAUAA